AUGGACGCUCUCGGCUUCUCUCCCCCGGCGCGUCGCUCGACGGCCGGGCAGACCGUCCUGCUGCAAACACCCGCAUGCUCCGACACCGCAACACCCGGCUUUCCUCUAUGCAGCGGAACCCUCGCCUCCAGCUUCUUCCGCGAGGAAAUCCUCCUCUGCAUCGUCCCUUGCUCCGUUGCCAUCCUCUGGGGCCUCCACCGAUGCCUCCGGCUGUGGAGCAAGCCCGUCGUGUCCCAGGGCUCGGUCCUGGCCGCCCGCCACCUCGCCGGCUGCAUCAUCCUCGCCGUCGUCCUGUUCCUCCUGUUCCCGUCGUCGCUCGCCGUUGCGCCGGCCGCAGCCGUUCUCGUCUCCGGGCUCUUCGGAUACCUCCGGCCCGGGAGUCGGCCGGAAUCACCCCAGGGCUCGCGUCUCCUCACGCGCAAGAUGAUCCUCUGGCAAGCCCUCCCGGCAUUUCAGCUCGCAGCCCUGCUCUCCCUGGUCUGGAUUGCCACCACCAACACCCCUCCUGACUCAACCUCUGGCAUCGCCGUCGCAUCUUGGUCCUUCUCCCUCGCCUCCAGUUUCCUGCUCCUCCUCGUAUCCCGCCUGGAGCACAGCAAGUCCCGCCCCCCCUCCGCACUCCUGCAGACGUUCCUCCUCGUCACGAUCGUCCUGGACGCGGCCCGCUUCCGGACUGCCUGGUUCUCCGCGGGCGGACCCGUCCACGACGAGGCCAGACAGCUUCUCCCCGUCCAACUAAUCAUCAAGACCCUCCUGCUGAUCGCCGAGUCGGGCUCCAAAGCCGCCGUCAUUGCCAUCCCCGCGCGCCGCAUCUCGCGCGAGGAGGCGUCCGGCAUCUUCGGCACAGCCUUCGCGCUCUGGGUCCUCCCGCUGCUGUCGUCCGGCUGGCGCAAGGACCUCACCGUCGACGACCUUGAGCCGGUGGACGAGGCUCUCUCGAGCGAAAGGGUCCUCAACAAGCUGUCCUCGGCAUGGCAGAGAGCGGACCCGGACCGCAGUCACGCUCUCGCAUUGACCGUCCUGCGUGCGUUCUGGGUCGAGGUCCUCAUCAUCCAUAUCCCACGCCUCGCCGUCGUCGGCUUCGGCCUCGUGCAGCCGCUGCUGGUACAGACGACGAUCCAGUAUAUCCAGAACCACGACGAAGACGGAACCGACGCCUCCUUCGGCUCCUGGCUCGUCGCCGCCUUCGCCGUGACCUACCUCGGACUCGCCAUAUCCACCCAGCUCUGCGGCCAGCUCACCAACCGCCUCAUCACGCGCCUCAGGGGCUCUCUCGUCGCCCUCAUCUACCAGACCAUGCUCUCCCUCCGCGCCGAGACGGGCACCUCGCAGGCCGCCGUCUCGCUCAUGAGCACCGAGGUAGAGCGUAUCAACGUCGCCGCGCAGUGGUCCUUCUCCAUCGUCCCGAACCUGCUCCAGCUGGCCAUCGCGCUGCGCAUCCUCGCCGGCCAGCUCGGCGGCGUCAGCGUGGCCCCUGUCAUCGUGGCGAUCCUCUGCGUGUCCGCCGGCAUGAGGGUCGGCCAGCUCGUGCCCCCGCGCCAGCGCCGGUGGAUGCAGGCGAUCCAGAGACGCGUCGGCAUCACCACCGACAUCAUCGGCUCCGUCAGGGGCGUCAAGAUGAGCGGCCUGUCCGCCACCGUCCGGGACCAGAUCCAGGGCCUGCGCGACUUCGAGCUCGACGAGUCCAAAAGGUUCCGCAGGAUGCAGAUCGUCAACAUCGUCAUUGGACAAUUCCCCUCCAUCAUGACGCCCUCCAUCACCUUUGCCGCCUUCGCCGUCGUCCAGAAGCUGUCCGGCGGCCCGCCCCUGAACGUCGUCCAGGCCUUCACCUCCCUCAGCCUGCUCGGCAUCCUCAUCAGCCCCGUCACCGAGCUCGUCAUGAUCCCCAACAACCUCGGCUCCACCAUCGGGUGUCUCGACAGGAUCCAGGAGUUCCUCGUCAGGGAGAAGCGCGACGACUACCGCCGGCUCACGCCCCGGAGACCCCCGACACGCGGCCACGACGGAGAGACGACGGAAAGCCCAGCACGGCCUCAGCCUCUGAUCACCGUCUCGGACGGUUCGUUCGGCUGGCGCGCCGCCGAGCCGAUCCUGCACGGCCUGAACCUCGACAUCCGCCCCUCGACCCUGACGAUCCUCGUCGGCCCCGUCGGCUCCGGCAAGUCCACGCUGCUCAAGUCCCUCGUCGGCGAGACCCACCGCAUCGCCGGAAGCGUCGAGUACCACACCGCGACCGCCGACGUGGCGUACUGCGACCAGGACCCCUGGAUCCUCAACCAGAGCAUCAGGGACAACAUCUGCGGCGGCUCCGGCGCCGGUCACGAUCCGGGCCUCUACGGCAAGGUCAUACGGGCCUGUCAGCUGGAGGAGGACCUCGGCCUGCUGCCUCAGGGCGACGAGACCCUCGUCGGGACCUCCGGCGCGGCCCUCAGCGGCGGGCAGAGGCACCGUGUUGCACUCGCCAGAGCGGUCUACAGUGGGAAGCAGGUCGUCAUUAUGGACGACAAUCUCAAAGGCCUCGACUCGAACACGGCCUCCAGGUGCUUUCACGCGCUCUUCGGCCCGGGGGGACUCCUGCGCGGAAAGGAUAAAGCCGUCAUCCUCGCUACUCACAAUGCACAAUGGCUCCGCCAGGCCGACACCAUCGUCGCUCUCGGCGCCGACGGCACCAUCUCCGAACGGGGCUCGUACGAGGAGUUGAGCAAGAGCGGGGGAUACGUCAGCUCGCUUCACGUCUCGCAGCAGAGCGGCCACACCGACAACGCUGAUGACGACGAUAAUAAGCUCUCCUCGGAGGCAGAGCAACCCAAGCAACAGAACGGCACGCAGAGAGACAAGCCCGUCUCGGCUGGCGCGCCGGGGCCUUCGCCGAACCCCAGGGCCCGCGGCGCCGCCAACACGAGCUCCCUCUUUUACUACAUCAAAUCCAUGGGGAUCCCGUCGUUCGCGCUGUUCCUCGCCAUGGUGCUCAUCCAGACGUUCUGCAGGACCAUGCAGCGUCUCUGGGUCAAGUUCUGGGUCGCGGCCAACGAGGGCGGCGGGCAGCAAAGCGUGAGCCUGUGGGCGGGCGUCUACAUCCUCUGGGGCGUCAUGACGGAAGUGGCCUUCGCGGCCGAGAUUUUCUGGUUCUUCGUCAUCGUCAUCCCUCACUCGGCCAAGGGGCUUCACUUCAGCGUCCUGAAGGCUGCGAUCGCCGCACCGCUGUCGUUCUUUGUCAAGACUGAUACUGGCGUCGUCAUCAACCGGUUCAGCCAGGACAUGAACCUCGUCGACUUGCCGCUCCCAAUCGCCUUCCUUCUCACAUUCGACUGCCUCACCCUAACCAUCGCAGACGUGAUCCUUACCUGUGUUGCAACCGGCUACCUCGCCCUCGCCAUUCCCUUUCUCGCCGCCGUCCUCUACGCCAUCCAGCGCGUCUACCUCGAGACCUCGCGUCAGGUCCGCCUGCUCGACCUCGAGACCAAGUCGCCCAUCUUCUCCCAUUUCAUCGCCUCCUUCGCCGGCCUCGUGACCGUCCGCGCCAUGGACCGGACCGCCGAGUGCCAGGCCGAGAACCUCGCCCGUCUCGACCUCUCCCAGCGCGCCUUCUACGCCAUGGGCAGCCUGCAGAGAUGGCUUCUCCUUGUGCUGAACCUCACCGUUGCCGGGCUCGCUGUCCUGCUCGUCGGCCUGGCCGUCGCUCUGCGGGACGCCAUCGACCCGGGCCUGCUCGGCGUGGCGCUUGUCAGCGUCAUGGGCUUCGGGCAGCUGCUGACGGAGCUGCUGAACAACUGGGCCACGCUGGAGACCAGCCUGGGCGCCGUCGCGAGAAUCAGGGAGUUUGAGGCGGAGACGCCGUCGGAGCAGGACAGGGACGGGGACAUUCCCGUGGCCGUCGAGGAGUGGCCCGACAAGGGGAAGAUCGACAUUAGAAACGUCUCGGCGGCAUACGACGACCACCAGGUUCUCUGCGACGUCACGCUGUCGAUAAAGCCCGGCGAGAAGGUGGCCAUUUGCGGCCGCACGGGGAGCGGUAAGUCGACUCUCAUCGCGCUGCUUCUCAGGCUCCAUGACCCGUCCAGUGGGACCAUCGAGAUCGACGACGUCGACAUCGCGAGCGUGCCCAUCAAUGAGCUCCGCGAGUCACUGGUGGCGCUCCCUCAGGAUCCUCUCUUCCUGCCAGGGACUGUCCGCCGGAACCUCGAUCCCUUCGACGCCCGCGACGACGACGCUGUCUGGGCCGCCCUGGACAAGACAGGCCUCAAGGCCUUGUUCGAGGACAAGGGCGGUCUGGAGGCGGAUCUGAAGACGGAUUGGUUGAGUGCGGGUCAGAAGCAGCUGUUCUGCAUGGCGAGGGCCGUUUUGAGGAAUAGACGCGUUCUCCUCCUCGACGAGGCGACCAGCAGUCUGGAUCAGGCCACGGAGCAAGUCGUCCAAGACCUCAUCCGGAGCGAAUUCCAGGGCUGGACCGUUGUCGUCAUUGCCCAUCGCCUGAAGGCCGUUGCUGACUUUGACAAGAUUGUCACGCUUCAAGACGGACGGGUUGUCGAGUUUGACCGCCCCACGACGUUGCUCGAGAAGGGCGGCGUCUUUGCUUCGCUGUGGAAGCUCCAGGAAGGUUGA